UUUCCCUUUAAGCGCCGCGCGCUGCCUGGAAUUCACGUCACUUCGCCGCGAAGCGUCCCGAUCAAUGAGGUUCCGCGCUACGCGUUGCGUCGCGUUCCUGCGAGCGACGCUUCCAGGAAGGUGUUAACCAUCGCGCUGCCGCAAUGUAGCGCCUGCUCGCGCGUUUACAAACAAGAACACAGAGAAGUUGAAGUAUUCCGCGCGGGGCGAGGCCAAUGGAUGCGAGAGCGCGUUAAAAUCGCCUGCGCGUCGCGAGGGGAACAUUAUUAUCCAGGCGCUUUAUUUCGCGGAAGAACAAGGGAGAGGAAAGUGGAAACAGAAGAACUUCCUGAAUUUCAGCGAGACAUGUCCGAGUCCCCCUCGCAGGUCAUUAUUAAGGAGAGGAGUGUUUUCAGUCCGUCCGCGAGCCCGUUGCCAAAUUCCACUUCCUCUCCCUGCCAUGUCCCGCCCUCUUCAGCUAACGCCAGGAUAGAAGAGGAACCAACCAGACUGCCUGCACACCUGCGGAUGCAGCCGGUGUUCUGGAGCCGUGAGGAUGUGUGUCAGUGGCUGCGCUGGGCUGAGAGAGAGUGCGCUCUGCGAGAAAAACUCAUAAAGCGUAAAGACAGAGCCAUUGCGUGUGUGUGUGAGUAUUUAUUUGAUUCUGAUGUUGAUUCUCUCUCUCUCUGUGUGUCAGAAACGGUACGCCGGCCGCCGCGCGCCGCAGACGCUCAUUCCCUGCAUCCUCCCACCAUCGAGCUGCGCCAUCGCUCGCCCCAUCAUCCGCCCGCGCCCCUGCGCUCGGUCGAGGACCCCCAGCAGGCAUCCGCACAGCUGCCCGACAGCAACCACCACCUGCUGGACGACGUGUAUCCGCUGUCCGUGUCUCCAUCCGCGGCUAACGGCCACUGCGUGCUUCUGGAGGAGGCUCCGCCGCGCGUCAUCCAGCUCAUGCCCAGCGCCAUCAUGCACCCGUUGCUGAGCCCGGACUUCAGGAGAACGCCUCAGGAGAAUGGCCGCGAGGUCAAAGGUCAAGCACACUUCACCCAUCAGACGCCUCUCCAGCUCCCCCUGCAGGAGGAGCGCCACUACCGCAAUCACAUCAUCAUGUCCGUCUCUCCGCCCGAGGAGCAGGCCACGCCCAUCGGCCGCAUCGCAGACUGCAGGCUCCUGUGGGAUUACGUCUAUCAGCUGCUGUCGGACAGUCGCUACGAAAACUACAUCCGCUGGGAGGACCGCAAUACCAAAGUCUUCCGCAUCAUGGACCCCAAUGGCCUGGCCCGCCUGUGGGGGAACCAUAAGAACAGGACCAACAUGACGUAUGAGAAGAUGUCGCGUGCGCUGAGACAUUACUACAAACUCAACAUCAUCAGGAAAGAGCCGGGACAGAGACUGCUGUUCAGGUCAGUGUGUGUGUGU